GAUUUGCCCGCGAAAGCGUUAACAACGUCAAACGGACAAUAAUAAUACAUAGAAAUAAUACCAGAAAGGUAUAGCUUCCUCUCUCUCUCCCUUCCUCUUUUUCGCCUGUCAACAGUUAUUUUAGACGAGCGAUUUUUGUGUGACUUUUUCGUGGGCUCGCUUUCGAUUUUUCGUCGUUCGGCUGCUCUUCGGUUUUUUGCUGUUACAGCUCCUUCAUUAAGAGAUAAGUAAGGCUUAAAAAUAACAACAGCGCGUGUGUGUGUGUGUAACUGCGUUUGCAUACGAGGAGAAACAGCAACAGAGUGCAACAGCAACACAACUGCAGCCACAACUUCAGCAGUACCAGCAACUUAACAACUCAACAGCAACAACAAACUGAAAUUCAACAUCAACAAAAACAUUUGAAAGGGAAUUUUUUCUAUUUGUUUUAGCGGAGCCAAGAUGUCCACGCCCACUUCCCCAAAAACGCCCACCCCGCCCACUUUGCCGCCGGGCGUGACUAAAACCUGUCAUAUAGUAAAACGCCCUGAUUUCGAUGGGUACGGCUUCAAUCUUCACUCGGAAAAGGUGAAACCGGGUCAGUUUAUUGGCAAGGUGGAUGCCGAUUCGCCGGCAGAGGCAGCUGGACUGAAGGAGGGCGAUCGCAUCCUGGAGGUCAAUGGGGUGUCCAUUGGCAGUGAGACCCACAAGCAGGUGGUGGCCAGGAUUAAGGCCAUUGCCAACGAGGUACGCCUGCUCCUCAUCGAUGUGGAUGGCAAGGCCAUAGAGGUGAAGACCCCGACAUCUCCUUCGGCUGCAGCUGCCUGCAAUGGUAAUGGAAGUGCUGCAAGCCAAAAUGGCUAUGAGGGCACCAAACAGGAGAUGCCCGGCGCCAGUGCCAAUAUCAGUAGCAUCAGUAUGGUCAGCACCAAGCGAUCCUCAAAUGCCAGCAGCAUUCAGAGUGGUAGCACCGUGAAUGCCUCCGAUUUGGAUGUGGUGGACAGGGGAAUCCCGGCGCCAGCACCAGUGGUGUCCACUCCUCCUCCGCCCGUACAAAAUGGAAGUAAACCCUCGUCGCCCAUCAAUAAUAACACCAUGAUGAGCACACCCCCACCGCCGUCGGCCACCAAAGCUGGAAUCAACAACAAUGGCAGUGUCUACAACACCAAUGGAAAUGGAAAUGGGAAUGGGAAUAGCAACACAAAUGGCAUGACCACGCCCAUUACGCCGCCCCCAGCCAUGGGCGGCAAUCGGGCGGGCAGUUUGAAUCUGCCCCUGACAGUGGCCGAAAUGAGGGCCAAAUUGGCCUCCAAGAAGAAGUACGACCCGAAGAACGAAAGCGUGGACCUCAAGAAGAAGUUCGACAUCAUCCAGAAGCUCUGAUAUGAAUUGGAUGGAUUGAAUCCCCCACCCAAUCACCCAAUACUUGUUAUAAUGUCAGCAUGAGGAGCUAGAGGAGCUGGUUUUGUCAGGCAUACACCACACACACACACAAUAAUAUACAAUAUGUUUAGCUAUUAGUACGCAGAGUCACUUAUUAACUAAGCAAGUUUUUAAUUAUUAGCCCCUAAGAGCGAAAGAAUAUCCAUACAUACGACAUACAUGUAUUCUUCAAAAUUCAAAUAUGGUAAAAACUCCGAUGGGCAAUGCUUGGCCCUCGGUUCAUUGAACAGCUUUCGUUGAAUAUGUACUUAGUUUUGCUUGUAUUUUUGUACAAUAAAUAAAGCAAAAUGAUAAAAGAAA